UUUCGUUUGUUUAUGGCAAUUGUGAUCCAGUGCUGUCAACUUUGACAAUUACAUUUCCAUCGGAGUCGGGAUCAAAAAUGGAAAUUGCAAAAUAAUAACAUGAACUACUUUCAAAAUAUUAGAUAAAUUUUAAUCGUGCACAUCGUUAUGUUUUUUUUUAAACGACCUCAUGACAUCAAAGCAAUUAAGGCGUUGCUGAGGUGCUACAGUUUAAAUAGAAAAAAUCACUAUGAAGUACUCAAUCUGAGAAGAAAUUGUUCAGAUAAAGAUAUCAAGGAAGCGUUCAUACAAAUGAGCAAAGAGUAUCAUCCUGACAAAAAUAAAGAUGCACGAGCACAGGAGAAGUUUGUUCGCAUUGUGGAGGCGUACAAUGUACUGAGCAAGCCCAGUAGUCGCGCUCGAUAUGACAGCAUGACCGAGAUAGAAACUUCCGAUCACGGUGGGGCCUCGUACGUGUAUAGGUCACAUGUGCCUUAUAAUUUACGUAACAACCCACAUUACAGCUACUACUAUGAAUCCCAAACCAGAUCGUCCAAUGCGAAUGAUAGUAAAAAUGCAACGUAUGGGUCGACUGGUAUAAAGAAAUUGCCCAACUACGUUAUUAUAGCAAUGUGCACCGGGGUCGCCUUGAUCGGGAUAUUACUGCAAGUGUUUGUAAUAAGAAAUUUGUAUGUAGCACAAAGACAGCGAGCUCAAGAGAAGACCAAACGUCUUGCAGAAGAAUUGGAUAGAGUGCGGGCUGCCGCUCAUACUAAUGGAAACGAGAUGCAGACGCGCCUUUUGCUCGACAAGAUCGUGACAGCGGCGAACCCGACCGUCGCUACAGCGUCACUGGGACAAGCACUGGCGAGCGAAAAGAAGUGAUUUACUUCCACUUUUAUCAUUUAAAAGUAGAACAUUAGACCAUAGAGUUGACGUAAACUUUUAGUAAAAUUUGACGCGACUUGAGGAGUCCAUAAAUCCUCUUUGCAAAUGUAGUGUUCUGAGUAAUUUAUUGUGAGUUUGAUAUUGGUUCCUGAUGUAGAUUAAUUUUGUUAGAUAAUCAUUUUCAUACGCAAGCUCCUCGAUAUAUUUUUUUUGUGCAAAUAGUACAGCUUUGAAGCACUGGUACUCAGCUGAAUCCGGUUUGACUGGAAGCCGACCCCAACAUAGUUGAGAAAAAGGUUCGGAGGAUGAUGGAUAAGUACAGCUUCGAAAAAAUUGGGGAUUGGAGAGAGCUAUCGUCAUCCAAAGUAUAAGUGGCAAAAACAUAAGAAUCGAUUGGCAGCCAAUUAUUAUUGAAACUGUCCAAUAAUUCUAUACCCAAAUCAAAUGUCAUCAUAAUAUUGUAAAAAUAAAACAAACGCAUUUAAUUAUAGUUUUUGACGGUUAGACAAACAAAGAUCAGUUGAAAUCCCCAUUCGGCCUCUUUGGGGUGAUAUUCAAUUUCAAUGCGAAUGAUUAAAUUAGAACAGGAACCAAUCUAAUAGGUACCUUGAAUCGAAUCAUCAAUUUAGUACAAUUAUUAUCAAUUUAGUACAAUUAUAAUUAGUUUUACUGCAGUGUACAUUAUGUAAAUAUAGAGUAAAAGUUGUUAUAUGUUUUGUAAAUCUUUUGACUUUUUACCAAUGUCGCUGUAUGUACCUAUAUUGAUAUUGUUUGAACUACCUCCGUAAUUGACGUGUACAUAAUAAUUGUUGUAGACUUCGAAUUGUGUACUAUACAAUAUAUUUUAUACAGAAAUUA